CACCGUUACAAAGCCAGCCACGGCCACCCAGACCAAGACCAAGAGGCACAAUAACAAUGUUUUCUGAGGCAGUAGUGAAGUGUCUGUCUUUAAUUAUGGAUUAAUGAAAUGCAGCCUUCGAUUGUACGCUUAUCUUAUGCAUGCAGAGACUAAGUGUAUGUUGUAUGAGAGAUGGUUGGAGGACCAGGAGGAGAUAGAGAAGAUGGAGGAAUUGGGGGAAGAAUUCAUCGAGAAUAUAGAGGAGGAGGAGGAGGAGGGAGAGGAAGUGGGCGUUACCGUCGUGGCCUGCCACACCACCGCCCCAUCCCUCCAGGAGAGCGGCGAGGUGGGGUGGAGCAAGGACUUCCUCCAGAGGAUGAGGCUCAAAAGGUCCACGCAGAAAAAGUGGAUCUAAUGAAACACCGGCCUCAUAAAGAUGUCAAUAGAGGGUUCAUUGAAGACUCAAGAAUCUCCAAACAGCUGCGGAGACUGGCCCGGGAGGAUGACUCAGAGCGUUACUUGGCUCAAGUUCAGCAGCUUCAGGAAUCAAUAAUGCUUAAUGAAAAUGUCAAGUAUGUCCGCCGAAAUGCAGACCACAUUCUGGAAUCGCUGUUUGAAAUCCUCCACGCUGCUCCCUCACCACCUUGCCGCUGGGAAAUUACGAAAUGCAUUGGGCGUGUUGGGCAUGUCAUGGAGGGAGACAUAAAGAGGUUCGUGGAUGCAACCUUGGAUCGACUUGAGAUAUGGAAAGCUCCUGAAAUGAAGGUGCUGGUGCUGAGAUGCAUCCUGGAAAUGUUGCAGCUAGACUCUGAUAAAUCACAGCUUGACCAGGUUGGAGAAAAAAUAGUGGAGGGUUUGCAAGUUAUAUUAGAAGGAACUGAAACACCUGAAGUUAUGGUUGCUACAGUUGAUGUUCUAAGGGAGUUGAAUUUAACUCACAGUCAUGUUCUCAAUAACUACUUCCAGGAUGUAGUGGAUAUAUUAGUUGGCUGGCAUAUUGACCAUCAUCAGUCUCCAGAAGUGAUGAAGUAUGUGUCUCUGGCUCUGCAAAGUUUUACUCCACUGUGGCAGAUCAACGUCUCCAUUGCAACAACUCUUCUCUCCCAGUUUGUUGAAGAUAUGGAAGAUUAUUGUGAGGACUUAGAUCGAGGCAUGUCUGGUCGUUCAUCACCAGAUGAAGAAACCAGUGACUCUUCCUGCAGUUUGUGCAAAGAAGGUUGCAGCAUUUAUCAGAAACAUGUCUUCACUACUGUUCUUCGAUGUCUUGAGCCACAGAUAACUCCUGUAGUAAGUCCUGUCUUGUCUCCAAAAUUUUUAGUGGAUGCUCUUGGGAAGAUGAUAGCUGGAGCUGCAAAAAUAUUGCAGCAUCAUUGGGAAGAAGCCUUGAUUGAUGCACUUAACCAGGUGUGCCUGGUACUGAUUCCCUAUUGCCAAAGUAUAUCAGAUCUACAGAGUCACUUUUGCCAUGUGGUGGAUAUACAGCAGAAUCUUGUAGAGCACUAUGGCUUUACAACAGUGCUGUCUUACCUCACAUUACUCACCCAGAUGUUGAAACAAAUUGGGAGUAGCUUGCCUAUAGAGUUUAUUCAGAAAAUAUUGGAAAGAGACUCACCUUUACGCAAGUUACGUGUUUCCCCACAUCAAUCAGUGUGGAAGGCUACCCUUGGAGUCUACCAUGCUGUACUUGCCCUCAAGAAUGUGCCUUUGUUGCAGGAAGCAUACAACUAUAUUCUUGCUGACAUUCAGCUUCUUCAUCAUACCCUGGUACCAAAUACUAAGGAUUUUACCACAUCUACAGUAUUAGAAGGUGUUUCUUACAAGGAAAAUGAAGCAAUCAUUCUUCUGAUGUACUAUAUGACAGUCUUGGCAGAGGUUGCAAAUACCAGGAACUCAAUCAUAACAAUGUGGGUCUUAAAUCCUCCCCUAGUGGAUCUCCUGGCUACUCAUCUCACUCCAGCCAGCCCUCAUCUUGCACUGCACUACCCAGAGGUUCAACACACCAUCUUGUAUCUUCUACACUCCCACUGUGCCAAGCAUUUUCACUACAUCAGCUCGAGCACUCUUGUUGUUGGAGCCUCAGCAUCAUUUGUGCCUCCCAGUGUAUCACCAGCUUUCUCUGGCGGCUCUCCAGGAAGCUUCUCUGGGUCUUCUUCCAGUGAAAAUUUUGCCACCAUAUUGUCAACUCUCACUGCUGUAUUUCAUCAGAGGCAUGUAACUGGAGCCAACAUUCUUCAGUUGUGUCUAGAAUGGGCUACAGAUGUGGUACAAAGUGGUGAGACCUCAUUGCCCCAGCUGGUGAAGAUCAAACUUUUCUCCUCAAUGGUGGAUGCCAUAAUACAGACUGGGUACCACCAUUUCACCUCAGUGACCAUUGCAGUGGCAUCUUUCCUAUCAACAUUUUUUUCUUUAUUGGCACCUAGCCAGUUGCAGAAAUUGGAUGAAGUGAUAAAUUUGUGCCUCCAUCACAUCAGCCAUAAAGACAAUAAGAUACGAGGUAUAUAUCUUGACUUGCUAGCCAAGAUUCCCCUCAGCUCCAUAUCUCAUGCUCUCUGCACUGCUAACCUGUGUGAGGAUAGCGAGUAUACAGCAAAUAAGAAUGAUCAGUCAUCAAGUGUGGAAAUUGGUAGUCUUGACUCAACCUCAGUCAGGAGUCUUGAAAGACAUUUUGUACUGCGUUUAACUUCAGGACAACUGCCCUCCAAUGCUUUCCACACAUUGAUGGACUUCAUUCUUCAUGUGACCCAACCUAAAGGUGAAAAUUGGCAGGAUGAUCUUUUUGCUAUGUGUCAAAGAGUAGACAGAAUGGCAAAGGCAGAAGACUGGAGUCUUCCUGUGUUGGCAUCACACUUACGUUCACUACUUUGGAAGUGGUUAGCAUGGGAACCAGCACAACACUGUAUUGCCAAUAAAUUGAGGACAACAUUAGGCAAGCCUCAAGACACAUUUACAAAUAUUGAAGGAGUUAUCAAAAGAAGAGCUAAGGAGGUUCGGGAAUGUGGUCAGGACUUAGAUAAGCACCACAAUGUUGGCAGUGCUGAAGAGGAUAAACCAGGCAGCAAAAGCAGUAAUGAGAGUGGUAAAAGUGACAGUGAAAGCAAUGUAAAGGUACACUCUUUGGCUGUAAUGCUGCUGGUGGAAUUCGUGGAGAGCCUUGAGAAAGCCAUGUUUAAUGCCAGUGAUGGCUGUGCUGUGGCAGUCUCGCCUCCUAAUAAGAGUGUUAGAGUGUUUUUCCGAACCAAUCGCCAAACUUGCACAGAGUGGCUGAGUCGCAUACGUGCUGCUGUCAUAAUAGUUGCUCUCAACUGUGGACGUCCUGAAGUGGCUGUGAGACACUCCUAUAAACUCCUUCAGGAACUUAAGGAUAACAACAACACACAGGGAAGUGAUUUUGAGCGAGCUGUUUGCUACUGUGCUCGAGCCUUGGUGGCAGAGGGGAGUGACGAGGGUGUGACGGGCCUCUACUACUGGUGCAGAGAUCAUGUGGGACGACGCUUUGGAUGGCUCAAGCCAGCUAUCUAUAGUGCUGGCCAUAAAUAUGAAAAAUCACUCCGAGGCUACAUGCAGUUCAUAGAGGGUAAAGAUGAAAUGGAAGAUUCAGAGAAGGAGAAAAAACUUGAAGUGGAAUCUGAGUCUGCAAAUGUUACUCUCAACCAGGCAGAUACCAAGCAGUGGGAUUCCCUUAUUCAGGAAUUCAUACAUUCUCAGGUUGCUGAUUGCUAUUCCAAACUCAGUCAGUGGGCAGAGCUACAGAAAUGGAUGCAACACAUACAUAAUCAGAAAGACUCUGAAGGAACAGGGUUACAUUCUGGUCUCCUCAACAACUAUAAAAAUCUUGCUCAUGUUCAGGCUUUAGGUCAUUUUGAUAAUGGAGACCUUGCUGGAGUUACUGCAAGCUUGAGUCAUUCAGUGGAUUUAGUGGAUUGGUCCAAGGGUCAUAACUGGAUCUUGUGGAAGAGGUUUCAAGACAUGAAUGUAGUGUUACUUCAUUCUUUGACAUCAGUAGUAUGUCAACAGCCAUUCCCAUCAAGGGAUUCAUUGAUAAAGAUUGUAGGGGAUUGUCAGGGGGAAGUUGAGUGGUUACUGCAGUUGUCCACAUUAUCUUCACAUUCAGGGAUGCACCUCCAUCUUCUCUUAUUUCAUCAAGUCCUUCAAGAAUUGCAGAGUGUACUGAAUGAAACCAAGUGUGGAGUUGGGCGUCUGCAGGAAGGAUGGGAGCACACAAAUAUAUUAAGUCUUCCUGCAGAUCUUAUUCCUCAUGUGUCUCGAUGGGCUAAGCUUAUAGCAAGAAUGAACAUCAACAUCACACCAACUUCAAUUGUAAAGUUAGAUCUUUUAGCAGCUAAACAGGCUCGUAAGCAAGAGAAUCUAGAAUUAGCAGAGAGAAUCAUUCAACUCUUACCGGGAAAUGUUAGUUCUAGUUUGUCUGAAGCAGUGUUGGAAAUGACACCUGGUUCUGAAUAUAAUACAUUGCAGGCAAAACUCCACAGAGAAGCAGCAAAAAUCUUAGCUUGCAAAGGACAUAUUGUUGAAGGAUGUAAAGUGCUCUCAGGAGCUGUGGAAGGCUUGAAUCCUAGUCUAGCAACCCUGGCAGCCACAGACCUUACUCUCCUCAACCUACCUCCUAAUGAAACUGGUCAUCUCUGUGCUCGUUCCAUCAUUACCACUUACAAGUGGUGGUCUCAGGAUGAACGAAGGCAACUCAUGAUAACUAAUGAUUCAGCUAGCACUCCUCCCUGGAUGGAGAAACUCCUCACUGUUUAUGAAACAAUGAAGACAUAUGCACCAGAAGAAUUGCAACCUUUGGCUGAAGUAAGCCACCCUAUGCUGCCAACUUUAGAAAACAAAAUGGGUAACAUCCUUACCUUAGCUGCUACUCAGUGUCCUACAUUACCAAAAGUUUGGUUCCACAUUGCUUCAUGGUGUUUCCGAUGGGGGAGAAGAAUACUGGAAGACACUGACAACAGUGAUAGUCAGAUUUCAGAAGCUGAUCAGAAACGAGUAAAAGAAAUUCUCUCUGCUGGAUUUGGAGAAGAAGCAUCAGAUAUUCAGGUCAAAGUUGAAGAAAUGUGUACCUUGCUUAGAAACUGGAAACCAGGACAAGGUACAGAUGACGAAGAUGAGCUCCUCAAACUAGAGGAAGUUCAGGGUACAUAUCAAGUUGGAGCUCACAUAAUUUCUCUUCUGCAGUCUUGGGGCUUACCCAAUAAUAUGAUAACAAAUGUUAGUUCACAGCUGGGUGAAGUUCAUCAGGCCAUACAAGAAAGGCAUUAUACUGUUCUGAUUGCAGCUGCUAGGGCAUACUUCAGGUUUUUAAAGAUAAGUCAUGGGACUUCUGUCAGUCAGAUGGAUCAGUGCACCAUUGCUACUCUGCGUCUGCUACGCCUUAUGGUGAAACAUGCCUCUGAGCUUCGAGAUGUUCUUGAGAAAGGUCUCUCAGAAACACCUACUCAGCCAUGGAAAACCAUAAUUCCACAGUUGUUUGCGCGCUUGAACCACCCUGAAUCUUAUGUACGGGGUAGCAUAUCAGAAUUGUUAUGUCGUCUUGCAGCAGAUUUUCCUCAUCUUAUUGUGUUUCCAUCUGUUGUUGGAUCUGCAGGAGGAAAUGUUGCAGGAAACCAAGCAUCACUAACAGACAUGUUGGCCAAAUACCUUCACAAGGGACAGCAAAGGAGAAAAAUGAAGCAGGCACUUGGAGAUGAGGAAGAUGAAGAUGAGGAAGAAGAGGAAGAUGAAGAGUAUGAUCAAGUAGAAGAAGAAGAGGAGGAGGAAGAUGAUGAAUUAAUUUCAGAAUUAACAGAAGAGCAGGAAAGAAAAAAUUUGAUGCGGGAUUGCUUUUCUGCUUUAGUUGACACCCUAACUAAACAGAUUGGAUCAAGCAUUAGUGAGGUACAGAUGCUCGUUCAUGAGUUGAGGCGUAUUACAGUUCUGUGGGAUGAACUCUGGUUGGGAACCUUGUCGCAGCAUCAUACAGACAUGUCAAGGAAAUGUCAUCAGUUAACAGCUGAAAUAGCUCGUCUCAACAAUAAUUCUUCACUCACACAGCCAGAAAAACUUCAGCUCAUCAAAAAGAAAUAUGACAUUAUUUUUAAACCUUUGUUAUUUGUAUUAGAUCAACUGGCAGACAUAACCUCAGCUCCACCAGAGACUCCUCAUGAAUGUCAUUUCCAUGAUACUUAUGGAUCUCAAAUCUCUUCUGCUCUGAGCAAUUUAAGGGAACCAGAAAGUUACUUUGAUCCUCAGUCAGCACUGUCAGGAUUGCGACAGUUACACCAGAUGUUGCAACAGAGAGCUCAUCGCAGAACUUCAGCCUCACUUAAGAUGGUAGAUGUGUCUCCUAAAUUGGCCAAUUUGAGCAACACACUGAUUGCUAUGCCAGGUGUUGCAUCUGCAUCUCAACAAGUUGUAACAUUGGCUUCAGUUGAUGGCCAUAUUUCUAUACUUCCUACCAAAACUAAACCCAAGAAGCUUAGUUUUCAAGGAUCUGAUGGCAAGAAAUACACUUACCUUUUUAAGGGACUUGAAGAUUUACAUUUAGAUGAAAGGAUCAUGCAGUUCUUGGAGAUAGUAAAUACAAUGCUUGCAAAAAAUCAGAGAGGUAAGAAUUGUGUAUAUCGUGCCCGCUCUUACUCUGUGGUACCUCUUGGACCUCGAUCUGGCCUCAUUCAGUGGGUUGGGAGUGCUACUCCUCUGUUUGGUCUGUACAAGAGAUGGCAGCAGCGAGAGGCACAUGCUAUGUUACUGAAAACUCAUUCAUCAACUGUAUCAAUACACCCUCAAGUUCCUCCUCAGGUGCCCCGCCCCUCUGAGCUCUACUAUGGCAAACUUACUCCACGGUUAAGAGAAGCUGGCGUAAGCCUAGACACCCGUAAGGAGUGGCCACUAGGCAUCAUGAGAGAUGUGUUGAAAGAUCUCAUAAGAGAAACUCCAUCAAAUUUGCUGUCUAGAGAACUAUGGAUGUGUAGUGUCAGUGCUGGAAACUGGUGGAGUAUGACACAAACUUAUGCCAUAUCAACUGCUGUCAUGUCUAUGAUUGGCUAUAUCAUUGGUCUUGGAGAUCGACAUUUAGAUAAUGUUUUAGUGAAUCUGACAUCAGGAGAAGUUGUUCACAUAGAUUACAAUGUAUGCUUUGAGAAAGGCAAAAAUCUUCGAGUCCCAGAAAAAGUUCCCUACAGAAUGACUCAGAAUAUUGAAGCCGCACUUGGGGUCACAGGAACUGAGGGGAUCUUCAGAAGUGCCUGUGAGCAGGUACUGCGAACAAUGCGCAGAGGAAGGGAGACUCUCUUAACCCUUCUGGAAGCCUUCAUAUAUGAUCCUUUGGUUGACUGGACUCCAGACAGUGAAUCAGGUUAUGCUGGUGCAGUGUAUGGUGGAGAUCAGGCACUAGUUUCAGGAGCAAGACAAAGUCGACAGCAACUUGAGCGGGGUCUUACUCUGAGCAUGUUUGCUGUCAGAAUGGCAGAAAUGAAAGCUGACUGGUUGGCAAACAAAAUGGAGGUGCUGGAUGCCAUUCCUGAGGUAGAAUUGCGCCUCAGGGAGUGGCUUAAGUCCCAUGAGGCACUUGCUGGAGCAGAGACAAAUUUGCAGGAUGGUCAUCAUUUGAUGGCUCUACUCAAAGAAGCUGAAGCAAAUCCUCAGCAUGUUCUGUAUGGGCUUCGUUCACGCUAUGAGGAAUUUUCCAGGGUUAAAAAAUCUGUCAGUCAUGCAAAAGAUUUGGCUAAUGCUCGUCUUGCAGAAAUAAAACAGUGGCAUGGCCUUUAUUUGACAGCUGCUCGUGUCUUUGAGAGUGGACAGGCAAGAGAGUGGCGUGCCAAAGUCAACUCCAUAGGUGCCCUGCAGACUAGUGUUGCACCUGUCAUUGAAUUCUUGUCUAAAGCUGGUCAGAGUCAACUAGCGACUCAAUGUGAACACACUGAAGUUGAAUUGGGAAGAGUAAUUAGCCAAGUACAAGGUGUUUUGAGCAACAGCUUGGACCUCUUGAUCAAAUAUGAAAGUGUAUGGGUGAACUAUCCAGCUGAUCAUCUAACAACACAUAGACUUUCACAACAAUUAAUGUGGCUUAUGUCUCUUCUCCAGGAUUUCUCCCUAAAUAAUGUUCAAAUGCUGAUCACUAAGAGUCACACUGAAGCACCAGAUGCUGCAGCUAUGACCCAUGUGUGUAAUGUUGAUAUGGAGCUUCACAACAAGGCUCUACAGAUCAGCUCCCAGAGCCAGAAAGUUUAUGAAAGAAUGAGAGGCGAGGGUCUAAAUGAUAGAGUAGUUGUAGUGAAUGCUGUCCAAGAAACAUCACUUGCUAUAUCAUCCCUCAUAACUGACCAUGGAAUAUCAGGAGUGGCAGCCAUGACUUGUGCUCUUCUUAAUUCCCUCACACAACUUACUAGUGCUAGAUUACGAGCAGACAAAACAGCUGCAGGCACUGGAGAAGGCUUGGUGGAUUUGACAGUAGGAGGCUUAUGGUGGUUAAGGGAAAGCAUGGUAACUCUUGGUGGAAUGGUGGAAUUAGUAACCCUCUUGACCACCCAUUCACCACCAACAUAUCCACAAGAGACACCUGUAAUACAAGCAAUAUCUGCCCUUCAUGAUGUAUUUGCUUCUCUUCAUGAGCUUGUAUUGAACACCAGUGGAAUUAUCAUUGUAGAAGGUGUUAGGCUCUUUUGGAGGGGAGAACCUUCUGUGGUUAGUCUUGCCACAGAACUCCAAGCUGUAGUAACUAAUGCUCCCACUCCACUUAGUGCUCUGUGUCAGCAACUCACCACACAUCUCCGCCUCAUGAUACUCAUGAUGCCUCCUCGCCAUGAGAAUGCCCUUCAAGAGGCAACAAUGCUUCACCAACAACUGAUUGAAGUAAUUGAAAGAAUCACUGCCCGUGAAAAUAAUAGUGCUUCCUCUAGUGGUGAUAUGAAUCAGGGCCAGAUGCUGCUGAUGGGUUUUCACUUACUGUUUGAGAGUGUGGAGACUCAGUUAGAUCAGCUUAUGGAUGCCAUUAGCCAUGCUCCACUACCUCAGCCUUGGCCCAGGGUAGAUACAGCAAGGGAAGCUGCUGAAAUAAUGGCUCCCCUGCAGGAUCCAGCACUGCGUCAGGUGCUACGAACCCUCCUCCGUGUGAAGAAGGUUCAGACUAUUGUUGACUUUUUCACUACAGCUUACCAGUCUUCUCCCUCAUUUAAGAAGACAGAGUCAACCAGCAACAGAACCAGGAGUAAUCAGUUUGAUGAGGAACGACUUCAGAAAAUUGUUCGCCGUUAUGCAAGUGACUGUGUUUCUCUUCUGCUCCUUGGUCUUCCUUCUCAUCUUGCCACACAUCUCCUCCUCCUUCAUUGUCAGAAACUUGGCAUUAAUGUAACAGGUUACAUAGAAGCAAGAGAUGUUGGCACAGAAGGCCGAGUGAGUCUGGAAGGAGUAGUACAGGAAGCAUUAGAAUGUUGCAUGACUCGUCAUGCAUUGGAUCCAGCUCUUCCUACUUCAGCUGCAUCAACCUUGACACAUCACUUAAAUGCAGUACGAAAAAAACUCCUUCUUCGCCACUGGGAAGGCGAAGCAGAAGGCCUGCGGACAACGCAUCAGAGAGUGACAGAUCAGCACCUUGCUCACCAGUGGUGGUAUGAAGACAUCCUCAAGCAGCGUGUUGUGGCUCCUCCUGUUCAGCCAACACGAGGCUCUAUACUGGGUGAUUUAAGAAGUAAUGUCAGCAAGCUUCUAGCACUCCACCAAAAUGUAUCAGAGUUGAGAGAAAAGUACACAAACUUCACUGGAAAUGUUGAACAGCGUCUGAAAUGGGCAGCAGGCUCCAACCCAUCAAUAGCUAAAGCCUUGGAGGAAUUCAGUAAUGGUGUAGAAAUUGCCUUAAAUGGAGUUGUUGAAUUGCUACAGAAAAGUGAGGAAGUUGCAUCUAUUUGUAAUGCUGUGUUACAUUAUGAGGCUCUUCGUACUCACACAGUUGAUGCUGUUUCAUGGGAUACCAGCUUUACCUCAGUACUCAACAGUUGCCAAGAGAGCUGUAUGUUGUUAGAACGGUAUCAUUCAAGCAUCAGUUCCCAAGAAGAAACAUUAGUCUCCCUGUGCCCCUUACCUGCUGAUGUCAAUAGCAAGUGGAUUCAGCAUGCCUCAUCUGCUGUUUCUGAUCAUAUAGAACUUUUAACCAAGGUUGUUGGUGAUCAUAGUUCAGAACUGAAGAAAUCUGUUGACCGUGUCCGAUCAUCAGUUGUAGGAUUACGCAUUCAUCUUACUACUCAUCAUAAAUUCAUGUCAGAUAUCAGAGCUCUUCUGAAGAGUAUGGCAAAGUUUGAGGUGGAGGGUGGGUUAGUUGGAAUUGAGGAUUACCUUUCUUUGUAUCGUACAUACUCUGAGACAAUAUCAGGACUCAUUAGACAGAUGCUUCAUGAUCCACUGACUGCUGAGAAAGUAGCAGCAUAUCUAGAAAAACUGAGGGAGGUUACUUCUCAGACAGAAACUAUAUAUGACUUGUUAGUAGAAUUUGGUACUCAGUGUGUUGUUGAGGAGAGUCAUGAAGAAAGUGAAGGUCAAAAGGAGGGAAAUGGGGAGCCCCGAAGACCACCACUGUUGCGCCAGUCAAGUGUUAUAAUGUCUCCAGCUAGAACUUCAACCCCAGAUGCCAAGACCAAAGUCAAAAGACACCCCUUAACAGGAAAAGUGGUUCAGGAGCACAAUGCCUAUGCCUUGAAUGUCUGGCGCCGUGUCAAGGUUAAGCUGGAGGGACGAGAUUUUGAUCCAGCAAGAAGGGCCACGGUUCAAGAACAGGUUGACUACACCAUUAAAGAAGCAACAAAUUUAGAAAACUUAGCCACUCUGUAUGAGGGCUGGACCCCUUGGGUAUAGUCUUGAGGCUGUGAUGCAUAGAGAGGUCAAGUUCAGCACAAUAGUGUGACAUCUCAGUUUUGUUCAUUGAUACUUUCAUAGUGUUUUAUUUUGUCAUAUAUAAACAUAUACUGUGCACCAUUGCUUUAUAUGACCAAUAACAAUAAAAUGUAAUGUUGAUGAUGAUGUGUAAUGCCAUUCAUUAAGUCAAGUUUACCAGAAAAUAACCUGUGCAUGAAAAAAGCUCAGGAGCAAACUAUUGUAGUGUACAAAGGAGUGGCAAUAUAUAACUGUUAAGUGUACUGUGGUAAAAUGUGUAUUUAUACUUUUUUGUUGUUUUAUCAUUCAUUGGUAAUUCUGGAUUUUCAUAUUUUUCUGAUGGCUUCCCGUCCUUAUGUGAUGGGAAGAAACACAAAUGACAAGGGUUAACAACAUACAUGAUUAACUAGAUGGAUGUGCAGGUAGAUAAAAAGAUGAAUUCAUAAUGUUAAGUGGAUAUAGUGUAGAUUUAUUUAUUUAUUUAUUUUAUUUGUUAUAUAUUUUUUUUUAUUUCAUGGAUAUUAAAUGACUGCUGCCUAAUAAUACACAUAGACAUGUAAAUGCUGUAGGUUGUUCAGACUGCAAUAAAUUGUCUUACUAUUUUUUGUGAUAUACUUUAUAAACUACUUGAUUAUAAUUGUGACCAUAGCAGUGAAUGUUUAUUAUAAUUGCUGAGCUUUCUGUUCGUCUUUAUAUACAUUAAAAACCUAAACAU